GUCCAUCGCGCAGGCUCGCCUCUCGGGCAUGCUCUUUGGUGCCCAGGCAGCCCCCGCUUGGAAGUUGCUCAUCGAGGGCAGGUUCGAGCUUCCCAAAGCUAGGCGCAGAGAAGAAGAGCGGCGGGAAAGAGAGAGAGAGAGAGAGAGAGAGCCAAGGGAAGGAGGGGAGGGUGCCUGAAAGCCGCGUCCCUUCCCUCCCCCUCUUCCUCCCUUCCUCCUCCUCUUCCCUCCCUUUUCCCCCGUCGGAUCCAGCCAGUGCUUGGCUUGCUUUCUGCGGUGGGGAAAAGCACAGCCAUGGAGGAGGCAGCGGCAUCAACAGCCUCAUCCUCAUCAACCUGUGGGCUGCUGUAGUCGCAAUCCUGACUGAGGAGAGGAGGGAAAGAAGACCCCCAACCUCCUCUCUGGCUCCUCCUAAAGAGGGGAGAGAAAAGAGCCAAGGAGGGAGGGAAUAAGGAGAGAAAGAGAGAGAGAGAGAGAGAGAGAGAUGCCGAUGCCCCGGCGCCGCGUCCAGCUGGCACCUGCCUGGUCCUGGGAUGAAAGGAUUAAUUGAAUUGCCUUGAACGGGAGCGAGGAGGAGGAGGAGGAGUCUUGAUCGCCGUCGAAAGGGAGCUCCCCAAAGCAUCGUCGUUGGAGGCUUAUUAUUUUUUCUCCCCAAUUUCCCGAAGCCAAAGGGGGAAAUCAGCCUGGUGAAGCCGCCAUGGGGUGCGGGCUCCUUCCGCAUUGGUUUCCCUGCUGAACUGGAGAAGAGGAGGAGGAGGAGGAAGAAGAGGAGGAGGAGAAAAAGCCAGCCGCAAAACAGCACCCCCCCUCCUUCCUUCCUUCCUUCCCUCCCUCUCUCUCUCACUUUCCCUGGAGCCAAAGAGGGAGCGAUUGCGCAAUUCUGCUCCCCUUUUUCCCACGUCCCUGUCCUCUCCCCAUCACCCCAACCCCAACCCCAGUCUCCCCCUCUUUCUCUUCCUCUUCAGAUGCGGCUCAACUCCUAAGGAGACAGAAAGCUGAUUCAUGGAGCCCCGAGCCGGCUUCCUCUUCCUCCUCUCCUUCCUCCUCCUUUUGAAGAGCAGGAUGCUGCCGCUGGAGACUUCUUCUUCGCCCUGACCUCCUCCUCCUCUUCCUCCUCCCCCUCCCUCCCCCCACCCACCCAACACAAGGGGGAGGGGACCAUAAAAAGCCCGCUCCUGCUCCUGGCCCUUUGGGUGCCCCCUUGCCUCCCUCCUUUUGCCUCUCUUGUUUUGGAAAGUGUGGCUCCUACUGGCUGGCUCUCAGACCCGGGAAACCUUGAUGCCUCGCCGUGGUGGAGACCCAUUGUGUGACUUUCUGGCUAUCUGCUGAGUUUCUCCCCGAGAUGCAGCUCUUGAAAGCUUUAUGGGCACUAGCAGGAGCAGCGAUCUGCUGUUUUCUUAUCUUUGUCAUCCACUCCCAGCUCCUUAAAGAAGGUCAAUUGGCUGCAGGUACAUGUGAAAUUGUUACAUUGGACAGAGAUAGCAGUCAACCUCGAAGAACUAUAGCUCGACAAACAGCUCGUUGUGCAUGUAAAAAAGGACAGAUUGCCGGUACAACGAGAGCAAGGCCCGCCUGUGUUGAUGCACGCAUUAUAAAAACAAAACAAUGGUGUGAAAUGCUUCCAUGUUUAGAAGGAGAAGGCUGUGAUUUACUAAUCAAUAAAUCAGGCUGGACCUGUACGCAACCAGGUGGACGAAUAAAGACAACUACGCAUGGCUAUGGUGACAAAAACUACUCUGAAUAUAAUUGCAUUUGGAGUCAAACUUCAACUAUACCGAAUGUACUGAACAGCUUUGAAAUAUGAAUAUAGUUAAGGAGAAUAUUACCCACCUUUGAUGUCUCCUGACGAAUGCAACAACAGAGACGCCUUGUAGGAGUUUUUAGGCUCUGUGUGGGCUACAAUUCCUCGUCAAGUUUCACUGCUGUGGAUCAUCGUUCAUUAUAUGUCAUCCGUUCAACUGUCCCUUUCUCUGUGUUUCAUCAAAGACAACAUACUUCUAUGUUAUGAGCUAAAGUCUGUUCUACCAUACUAAAGAGCACUGGACUAAGGAAUCAAGUUAUUAGAGAAAUGCUCGGGCAUUAGCAAUACAAAAACAAUAAAACACAUUCACAGUUAACGUCUCAUCUGCGUUGUGUGCCACUGCUGAACUUGAUCUGUGGUGAUGUUUUAAUCUGAAGAGUUGACUCCACUCGAGAGAACUCAUCCCAAUCAGCCUUAGAGAAGACUGUUUUGUCUGUGAGGGGACACUGAGGUGCAGAGGACAAUUUCUUCUCAUGCCCUAGACUGCCUGAAUUGCUUUUAUUUUCUUAUGUUUCAGUAUAUACAAUAGACCAAAGAGCAAAAUUUAUUUUAAAGUGGACACAAUGUUACUGUUAACAAAGUUAUUUGAAUUCAGCAGUAUGGGGACCACCAUGCACGAAUUCCGCUCACCCAGUGCUGCAACAUCACUUUCCAGCCAAUGUCUUUAUGGAACACUGCAGAAAAAGCUGGAACUGCUCUUGGAGGAAAGUACACUAGAGAACACAAGGGAACAAGGAGAGAAAAUGACCACUCUUCAGCAAGAAAACAGAACUUUGAUUGAAAACAACACAAACUGUCUACAUACCACCUUUACUCCUCUGUGCUUAGAUUGACUUCUCGUACUAAAAAAUCAUUUUGAGUUUAACCAGUUCAACAUGCCUCUUCUAUGGUUCCAUUAUUUUAUUUUUAUCGUUAAAAGUUGGAUAAUACAGUAUUUGCAAAGAGCAUGUUUGGUCAUAUGUGGCCUAUGUCUCAUCUGAUCCACCAUUUAGCACCAGAAAGCAAAUCCAAGGGGGGGAAAGUAACACUUGUUUGAAAGAGAUCAUUAAAUGUAUUUUGAAAAGCCUAAAGUUAUAUAUUUAACAGUUUUUAUAUGUUGUAUAUUUGUAGAAAAUCCUAUUUAACAAUUAACGUGGUAACUCUGACAGUCAUGACACAAAUGGGCUCAGAGUUGAGUUGUUGUUUUUAUUACUUCAGUUGUCUCUGAAGUGACUGGUGUAGUUUGCUUUCUUCCAUUGGGACAUUCUGGAUGUAAAGCAUGACCAGAGAGGACUCUGUAGAAAAAGCAAAGAAUAAUGUUGUUUAUAUUACAUAAAUGCAUUCAACCAUUGCACUGUUGGAAGGCUUUCUCUCUCUCCCUCUCUUUCUCCAACUUUUGUCUUUUUCAUUUUUCUUUGAGGGGCGGUAGAUUUUUAUAUACCAGUAAAACAAUGUACAAUAUCUUAAUGGUUUACUUUCUAUAUUAAGUUCUGUUCUUCCUCUCUUUUCCCCUCAUUUUGAAUUUGGUAUAAAGGUAAGCUUACUCCUUGAUCAAGAUGUAGGUGGCUUUAUGAUUUUUUUAAAAAGCUCUCAUACAUUAGAAAGCCCUUUUGUUCAAUAUGAUAGGAUAGUGAAAGUUAAAGAUGAGUUCUAUAUAAGAAACAACAAAAAAGAUCAGGAACCUCCAGAGUGGUAUCCGCUCCCAUCUACAAGUCUGGCUGACAGUGCUAUGAGAACAACAACUGGGCUUUUCUCUUCCCUCCCAAAAAGUAUUUGCCAAUAUUAAACUUUUCCCUAAUAUCCACUGUAGUAUACUACCUAAAUACUCCAAUUAACUUUUAGUAUUAUGCUAGUUCUGUGCUACUAAAGAAAAAAAAUAUAUAGAGAUUGUUCAAGCAACCAUAGAUGAGAGGUAUGAAAAGGAAGUUCAUUAUUUAAGACCUAUCCCAAUUUUCUAGAUUAUUUUAAUGCACAGGUUGAGGAAACCAUUAAUUAUGGGUGACAGUGUCUAUGAAUAAAACAUUUGCGUAGAAGGUCUUAUUUCAUCACAAGGGUUUUGAUCAGUGUCCAAGUAGCAAUUAAAGCCCAGCCACGUGAAAAGUAUUAUGAACUGCCAGCAGUAUAAAUGACCAAUGUCCGACUUAAGGUGUCAUGCAAUAAAUGAUGGUAGAUACUUCAACUGUAUUAUAAGAAUUGGAAAGCCAGAUCCCUCACUCCACUCACUUUCUCUUUUGUUACAGUUUUAUUUAAAUUUUUUUGAAGGGAGUGUAGUAGCCUUAUUUAGUAAAUACUGAACAAAAAUUAAAAUGUUUCAACAUUUUUGUUGCUUUACAGUAUUCAGUUUUGUGUUGGUUCAGCUAAAUUAUGAAAAAAUAAAGAAAAUCCUUUUAUAA